GCAGAGCAAUUUGUAGAGAAGUCCUCCUGUGCCCAGCCCCUGGGCGAGCUGACCAGCCUGGAUGCUCAGGGCGAAUUCACCAGGGGAGGCAGCAGCAGCCCAGCCUCCUCCUCACUGUGCACUGAGCCUCUGAUCCCCACCACCCCCAUCAUCCCCAGUGAGGAAAUGGCCAAGAUCACCUGCAACCUGGAGACCAAGGAGCUGUGGGACAAAUUCCAUGAGCUGGGCACAGAGAUGAUCAUCACUAAGUCUGGCAGGAGGAUGUUUCCUACCAUCCGGGUGUCAUUUUCAGGCGUGGAUCCUGAGGCCAAGUACAUUGUGCUUAUGGACAUCGUGCCAGUGGACAACAAGAGGUACCGCUACGCCUACCACCGCUCCUCCUGGCUGGUGGCUGGCAAGGCCGACCCCCCGCUGCCUGCCAGGCUCUAUGUGCAUCCCGACUCCCCAUUCACUGGUGAGCAGCUACUCAAACAGAUGGUGUCCUUUGAGAAAGUGAAACUCACCAACAAUGAACUGGAUCAACAUGGCCAUAUAAUUCUGAACUCAAUGCAUAAGUACCAGCCUCGGGUGCACAUCAUUAAGAAGAAAGAUCACACGGCCUCGCUGCUCAACCUGAAGUCUGAGGAGUUCAGAACAUUCAUCUUCCCAGAGACAGUCUUCACGGCAGUCACAGCCUACCAGAAUCAGCUGAUAACCAAGCUGAAAAUAGACAGCAAUCCUUUUGCCAAAGGGUUCCGGGACUCCUCCAGGCUCACUGACAUUGAGAGGGAAAGUGUGGAGAGCUUGAUCCAGAAGCAUUCCUAUGCUCGUUCGCCCAUCCGCACCUAUGGAGGAGAAGAGGAUGUCCUGGGGGAAGAGAGCCAGACAACCCCAAAUCGAGGGUCAGCCUUUACAACAUCUGACAACUUGUCACUCAGCUCCUGGGUAUCAUCUUCUUCCAGUUUUCCUGGAUUUCAGCACCCACAAUCCUUGACCGCUCUUGGUACCAGCACAGCAUCCAUAGCAACACCCAUUCCACACCCCAUACAGGGUUCUCUGCCUCCCUACAGCCGCCUGGGGAUGCCUCUGACCCCAUCUGCCAUUGCCACCUCCAUGCAAGGAAGUGGCCCUACCUUCCCUUCCUUCCACAUGCCGAGGUACCAUCACUACUUCCAGCAGGGGCCCUAUGCUGCCAUCCAAGGACUGCGCCAUUCCUCUGCUGUGAUGACACCAUUUGUAUGACUCUUCCAGAAGUGGAGCACCUGGAUCCAGAAUGUGCAAGUGGGUUAAAAGAAUCUUCAGAGAGGCAAUACUGACCAUAUGACUAACUUCAGUCCACUUCUACCUAUGGGAAGUGGGAUCCCAUAGAGAAAUAUUUGUAGAGCUGUAGCUUAAGCAUGUUUUAUUUCUUUUACAUUAGUUCACUGGGGAAGGAGGUGAGAUCAUUCUGAUGCAUCCUGUUGUGUGGAUGAAGACGUGGUGUUGCCUUCACCAAGCUCUUCUUGCAAUGCUGAUGGAACUUGGUUCAACCAGCUUGGUGUUCAAUCUUGUCUUCUUCCAUCCCACACCUCUUCCUCGCAGCUACUUGCCAGUGAUAGAGGAAACAUCUUCCAAAUGCAAUGCUGAAGCGAGGGCUGUCUGUGCUUCUGGGCAAGGCCGAGAUUGGCGUUUUGCUGACCCACCCACUGAGGGAAUUGCACAGCCUCUGGGUGAUGUGUGGGGCUUGCUUCCUCUCACAGCUGCAAUAAAAAAAAAUAGCUGUCCUUUUCCAAAGGAAUUCUCUGCCAUAGAAGCCAAAGGCUCCUCCUGCAGGUCCCCUGCAGCUUUGGGGAGACUUUCUGGAUGUCAAAGUGCGUUGGGCCAAAUCUUCCUUUUUGAUGAAUCUGCUUUGCUGCUGCCACUGACCAAGGGAUUUGAGAAUGACCAUUUCAAUGCCUGGAUACCCACAAUUUCAUGUACGCUCAUGGACAGCCAUCGGCUGUGUAGCUAAUUCAUCCUGUUUUCUUACUGUGUUAUCAUUUUUCUAAUUCCCUAAUGUGAAAUUGCAUGUUAAUUCAGUAAAUCCCUGGCUGACACACUGGCAGUUCUUAUAAUUAAAGCUUUGUCCACUUUA